AUGAACGGGGCUUCGUUCACAGACCGGGCCAACAAGGCCUUGCUGGACUCCAGCAACCUCGCUGAACAAUAUUCUCACCUCCAAAUCAUCCCCCUUCAUCUGGCAGUCGCCCUCCUCAAUCCUUCUCUAGAUGAGUCGAAAGACCAAGAAGCUCCCUCCCACUCCUCCCACGAUUCUGCCUCUGCCCCUCUUUUCCGCCAGGUCGUCGAGCGCGCCCAUGGCGACCCACAGCUGUUGGACCGCGCGCUCAUGAAGCUGCUGGUCCGUCUACCCAGCCAAGAUCCUCCGCCAGAGACCGUCGCCAUCUCUCCCGCUCUCGCCAAAGUUAUCCGCUCCGCCACCGACCUGUCCAAGACCCAGAAGGACAGCUUCGUGGCAAUUGACCACUUGAUCCUCUCACUUGCUCAAGAUUCGCAGGUCCAGCGGGCUCUGGCCGACGCUAACAUCCCCAACGUCAAAUUGAUCGAUACCGCCGUGCAGCAGAUCCGCGGGUCCAAGCGUGUGGACUCCAAGACGGCGGAUUCGGAGAGCGAAAAUGAAAACCUCAAGAAAUUCACGAUCGACAUGACCUCCAUGGCCCGCGAGGGUAAGAUCGACCCCGUCAUCGGCCGUGAGGAAGAGAUCCGUCGUGUGAUUCGCAUCCUGAGUCGGCGAACGAAGAACAACCCCGUGCUCAUCGGUGAGCCCGGUGUUGGUAAGACCACGGUCGUGGAGGGAUUGGCUCGUCGCAUUGUCAACGCUGAUGUGCCCGCCAACCUGGCCCAUUGCCGACUGCUCUCUCUCGAUGUCGGAUCUCUGGUUGCCGGAAGUAAAUACCGUGGUGAAUUCGAAGAAAGAAUGAAGGGUGUUCUCAAGGAAAUCGAAGAGUCUAAAGAGACCAUCGUCCUGUUUGUCGAUGAGAUCCACCUUCUCAUGGGUGCCGGCUCCAGCGGCGAGGGAGGCAUGGACGCCGCCAACCUCCUCAAGCCUAUGCUUGCCCGAGGUCAGCUGCACUGCAUUGGUGCGACUACCCUGGGCGAAUACCGCAAGUACAUCGAAAAAGAUCAGGCCUUCGAACGACGUUUCCAGCAGGUGCUGGUCAAGGAACCCUCGGUCAACGAGACUGUUUCCAUCCUCCGUGGGUUGAAGGAGAAGUACGAAGUGCACCACAACGUUAACAUCCUUGAUGGCGCAAUCGUUUCGGCAGCAACGCUCGCAGCACGAUACUUGACGGCUCGUCGUCUUCCCGACUCGGCUGUCGACCUAAUUGACGAGGCAGCAGCUGCUGUGCGAGUGACCCGGGAGUCUGAGCCAGAGGCAUUGGAUAAUCUGGAGAGAAAGCAUCGUCAACUUCAAAUUGAAAUCCAUGCCCUCGAGCGUGAAACCGACGAAGCAUCCAAGACCCGUUUGGAGGCUGCCAAGCAAGAAGCGGCCAACGUGACGGAGGAGCUGCGCCCCAUGCGCGAGAAGUACGAAAGCGAGAAGGCGCGCAGCAAGUCGAUCCAGGACGCUAAGAUCAAGCUCGACUCUCUCAAGGUCAAGAGAGAUGAAGCGGAACGUAUGGGUGACACUCAGACGGCAGCCGAUUUGGAAUACUACGCCAUUCCGGAGACCAAGACUCUCAUCGAGAGACUCGAAGCUGAUCGGGCACGCGCCGAUGCCGAGCAGCGCGCUCGUGGCGGUGACGCCGGUGAAGCUCUCCUUGCCGAUUCGGUCGGUCCCGACCAGAUCAACGAAAUCGUCGCUCGAUGGACCGGAAUUCCCGUCACUCGGCUGAAGACCACCGAGAAGGACAAGCUGUUGCAGAUGGAGAAAUACCUGGGCAAGCUGGUCGUCGGUCAGAAGGAAGCGGUGGCCUCGGUGUCGAACGCCAUCCGACUCCAGCGAUCCGGUCUCAGCAACCCCAACUCUCCUCCAAGCUUCCUCUUCUGCGGUCCAUCGGGAACAGGUAAGACCUUGCUCACCAAGGCUCUGGCCGAAUUCCUCUUUGACGACCCUCGGGCCAUGAUCCGAUUCGACAUGUCUGAAUACCAGGAGCGGCACUCCCUCAGCCGAAUGAUCGGUGCACCUCCCGGCUACGUCGGCCACGACGCUGGCGGUCAACUCACUGAGAGUCUUCGCCGCCGCCCAUUCUCCAUCCUCUUGUUCGACGAAGUCGAAAAGGCCGCCAAGGAAGUUCUCACCGUCCUCCUUCAGCUCAUGGAUGACGGCCGUAUCACCGACGGCCAAGGCAGAAUCGUCGACGCCCGCAACUGUAUUGUGGUUAUGACCUCCAACCUGGGUGCCGAGUACCUCUCUCGACCCACCGCGAAGGACGGUCGCAUUGAUCCUCAGACCCGCGAGCUCGUGCUGGGCGCUCUGCGCGACUACUUCCUGCCCGAAUUCCUGAACCGAAUCUCCAGCACCGUGAUCUUCAACCGUCUCACGCGGCGCGAGAUCCGCAAGAUCGUCGACCUCCGUCUGGACGAAGUCCAGCGCCGUCUCGAUGACAACGACCGCAGAGUCACCAUCGAAUGCACCGACGAAGUCAAAGACUAUCUUGGCGAAGCCGGUUACUCUCCCGCAUACGGCGCCCGUCCCUUGGGUCGCAUCAUCGAGCGCGAGGUCCUCAACCGCUUGGCUGUGCUUAUCCUGCGCGGCAGCAUCCUGGACAACGAAGUUGCUCGCGUGGUUAUGCGCGACGGACGCAUCGACGUUCUUCCGAACCACAAGAUCCCCGUCGACGAGGACCAGGAUAUGUUCGAUGAAGACGAUGCCAUGGCGGAAAUGGAUGACGAAAAUGGAGACAUGGAUCUCUAUGACUAA